UGUUAAUGUGUUUUGUUUGAACUGACACAUGUUUCCAUGUGUAUCAGGACGAGCUGAUGUACAUGCUGAGGAAGCUGUUGAUGAACAUCGGUGACCUUCCAGCCCAGACCUCUCACAUCCUCUUCAACUACCUGGUGGGGCUGAUUAUGUACUUUGUGCGUACUCCGUGUGAGUGGGGUAUGGAUGCCAUCUCGGCCACCCUGACCUUCCUGUGGGAGGUGGUGGGCUACGUGGAGGGGCUCUUCUUCAAGGACCUCAAACAGACCAUGAAGAAGGAGCAGUGUGAGGUCAAGCUGCUGGUCACUGCAUCCAUGCCAGGAACCAAGACCCUGGUAGUGCACGGACAGAAUGAGUGUGACAUUCCUACCCAGUUGCCUGUACAUGAAGACACUCAGUUUGAUGCCUUGCUCAAGGAGUGUUUGGAGUUCUUCAACAUUCCCGAGUCUCGGUCGGCACACUACUUCCUCAUGGACAAGCGCUGGAACCUCAUUCACUAUUCCAAGACCUUUGUGAGGGACAUCUAUCCGUUCAGGAGGUCUGUGUCUCCCCAGCUCAACCUGGUCCACAUGCUGCCAGAGAAAGGACAGGAACUCAUUCAGAAACAGGUGUUUUCCCGUAAACUGGAGGAGGUGGGCCGUGUUCUAUUCCUCAUCUCCUGA